GUCGUCCAUCGUGGGGGAAGCAAAUGGAGAGGAGAUUAAUUAAUAACGGGGAUGCAGGUAGUCAUCGGUGGUGGUUUAUAUAUCACGACGACCGGGAAGCCUUGGCUGGUGUUGGUGUGCGAUUAUUUUCAUCCAUCUGCAUCUGACACUUGAUAUACUAUAUCAAAUAUCUAGAACACCAUGGCUCAACGCACUCCCCUCCGUACUGGAGUUUAUGCUCCAACCAUGACCUUCUUCAACCCGGACACGGAAGAUCUCGACACUCCUACCAUCCGUCGUCAUGCCGUCCGUCUAGCCAAGGCAGGCCUCGUUGGUCUGGUGACCAUGGGCUCCAACGGUGAAGCUGUUCACUUGACUCGAGAGGAACGCAAGACAGUCAUCCGCGAGACCCGAUCUGCCCUCGUUGAAGCCGGUUUCCAGAACGUCCCCGUCAUCACAGGAGCCAGCGAGAACAGCAUCCGCGGCACCAUAGAGCUGUGCAAGGAGUCGGCCGAAGCAGGCGCCGAAUAUGCCCUCAUCGUACCCCCCAGCUACUACCGGUAUGCCGUGGGCAACGACGAAACACUGUAUGAAUACUUCACUGCUGUCGCCGAUGGCUCGCCUCUGCCCAUCAUCCUGUACAACUACCCCGGCGCCGUAGCCGGCAUUGACAUGGACUCGGACCUCAUCAUCCGGAUCUCGCAACAUCCCAACAUCGUCGGUACAAAGUUCACCUGCGCCAACACCGGCAAGUUGACCCGUGUGGCUCGCGCUCUCAACGCCAUCACUCCCGCCUCCCCUCUGGCACCUACCCAGAAGAUUCCCUCCACCAAGACCGUCGAGAACCACCCUUACGUUGCCUUUGGUGGUAUCGCCGACUUUUCCCUGCAGACUCUCGUGUCGGGCGGUUCGGCCAUUCUCGCCGGUGGUGCCAACGUUAUCCCCCGGCUGUGUGUGCAGAUCUUCAACCUCUGGAGUGCUGGUCGUCUGACCGAAGCCAUUGAGGCACAGAGCCAGCUGAGUGCUGCGGACUGGGUGCUUACAAAGGCAGCUAUCCCGGGCACUAAGAGUGCUAUUCAAACCUACUACGGCUAUGGAGGGUACCCGCGUCGACCGCUGGCACGGUUGAGCGAGGCUCAGACACAAGCUGUGGCUGCUGGAAUCAAAGAGGCAAUGGAGGUGGAACUGUCAUUGCCAGACGUUGCAUGAUUAUGUUUAUAGAAUGUUUAACUAGUUAAAUGAUGAAUACUUCUCUCUAAAUGAAUAAACCCAAGUCGGGUAAAACCUGUGAUUAGCUUGAUAUAGAACUCUACCAAUAGACCGAUACGCUCCCGCAUUUGGAAGAUUAAGAUCCAGAAUACUGCUGUAUCCAUGCCAAACCUGAAAUUCAAG